UAUGUCUUAGCUAUUUCUGGAUACCUAAUCAUAUGCCAUAUUUUUGUUUUUCCUUAUUUCGGUUUUAUGAUUUAGAUCUGCCUAAAGUUUGGAUUACUUAGUCUGCUAGGUUUUCUUGUUACAGUUUUAUGCUUCCAGAAUAUGAAAUUUAUUUUGAUUUCUUCAUGCCUCAAGUUGACAUCUAUUUCCAAUUCAUCUAGAUCUUGGUGGAGUUAACAAGAGAUGGCGGAUGAGGAUAUUCAACCUCUUGUGUGUGACAAUGGAACUGGAAUGGUCAAGGCUGGUUUUGCUGGUGAUGAUGCCCCUAGGGCAGUCUUCCCUAGUAUUGUCGGUCGCCCACGCCACACAGGUGUCAUGGUUGGGAUGGGUCAAAAGGAUGCUUAUGUAGGUGAUGAAGCCCAGUCAAAGAGAGGUAUCCUCACUUUAAAGUACCCUAUCGAACAUGGCAUUGUCAGCAAUUGGGAUGACAUGGAGAAGAUUUGGCACCAUACUUUCUACAAUGAGCUUCGUGUUGCCCCUGAAGAGCAUCCAGUACUUCUUACAGAAGCACCACUCAACCCUAAGGCGAAUAGGGAGAAGAUGACCCAGAUUAUGUUUGAAACAUUCAAUUCUCCGGCUAUGUAUGUUGCUAUUCAGGCAGUUCUUUCACUUUAUGCCAGUGGACGAACAACAGGUAUUGUCUUGGACUCUGGUGAUGGUGUGAGCCACACUGUGCCAAUUUAUGAAGGCUAUGCCCUCCCCCAUGCUAUUCUUCGUUUGGACCUUGCUGGACGUGAUCUUACAGAUUCCUUGAUGAAGAUCUUGACUGAGAGAGGGUACUCUUUCACAACAACUGCAGAGCGAGAAAUUGUUCGUGAUAUGAAAGAAAAACUUGCUUACGUUGCACUUGAUUUUGAGCAAGAAUUGGAGACUGCCAAGAGUAGCUCUGCCAUCGAAAAGAGUUAUGAAUUGCCUGAUGGGCAAGUGAUCACAAUUGGAGCGGAGAGGUUCCGUUGUCCAGAAGUACUCUUCCAGCCAUCUCUGAUUGGAAUGGAAGCUGCUGGAAUCCAUGAAACUACUUACAACUCCAUCAUGAAGUGUGAUGUUGAUAUUAGGAAGGAUCUUUAUGGAAACAUUGUGCUUAGUGGUGGAUCGACCAUGUUCCCUGGCAUUGCUGAUAGGAUGAGCAAGGAAAUCACUGCACUUGCCCCUAGCAGCAUGAAGAUCAAGGUGGUUGCACCUCCCGAGAGAAAAUACAGUGUCUGGAUUGGAGGAUCCAUUUUAGCAUCUCUUAGCACCUUCCAGCAGAUGUGGAUUUCCAAGGGUGAGUAUGAUGAAUCAGGCCCAGCUAUCGUUCACCGGAAGUGCUUCUAAUUUCAAUGUAUCGGAAGCCUACAUUUUUCAGUCAUCUGUCUGUGUGAGUUCAGUUUGUUGGACAUCUGAAGCUUUGGUUUUUAUCAAUGGACGAAAGUUUAUGGUAUAUACAGUCUGUCUCUCAUUAGAUUUCAGGUUUUAGAUUCCAAAAGUACUUUUGGCAUGGAGUGGCUUGUAUGGAUUUCGAACUUGAGAGUUGCUUUGGUCUUUAUUAUUUUUGUAAUAGGGCCAAGAAUUUUCAUUUCUGGAUGCAUUUUGUUAAGACCAUCUACCCCUUUAACAAUGAUUUCCUUUUGGAUUGUUGGCAAAUUUAUGAGAGCUAGAAUUUUCUAAUUAAAA